GACGCCGCCGGCGAAAACGAAAAACUCGGCGACAAAAAUGGGAAGAGGGAGACGUCACCGAGGUACUACUUCGAAGAGAAAUCAAAUCGAUAAUAGCAACGAGAAUGUUGAAAAACCCCUCGCUUCCUUUGAUUCCAACAACUUCCAAAAGCCCAUCUGCUCAAAUCUUCAUUUCGAAGACUAUUACAAGGAACAAAGGAUAGUGAAAGCUGAAGAGUGGGAUUCCUUUAUGGAGAUUCUUCGUAAGCCAUUACCUGCUGCUUUCAGAGUUAAUUCCAAUGGUCAAUUUUGUGAUGAGAUUCGAUUGAAAGUGGAGAAUGAUUUCAUGAAAUCUCUUCAGGCUGAGGCUAGAGAGAGUGGUGAAUUGGAGGCUAUCAAGCCUUUGCCUUGGUACCCUAAGAAUCUUGCUUGGCAUUCUAAUUUUUCACGCAAGGAGAUUAGAAAAAACCAGAUACUUGAGAGGUUUCAUGAGUUUCUUAAGUUAGAAACUGAAGUUGGGAACAUGACCAGGCAGGAAUCAGUUAGCAUGGUACCUCCUCUCUUCCUUGAUGUACAUCCAGAUCAUUUUGUUCUUGACAUGUGUGCUGCACCUGGUUCCAAGACAUUUCAGCUGCUUGAGAUAAUACAUGAAUCAUCAGAACCAGGAUCUCUACCUAAUGGAAUGGUGGUGGCGAAUGAUGUUGAUUAUAAAAGAUGUAACCUUCUUAUUCACCAAACGAAAAGAACAUGUACAACUAACUUGAUGGUCACUAACAACGAAGGUCAACAAUUCCCCAGCUGCAACACCAAGAGGACCUUGUCCGUAGCAUCUGAGAUUAAUCCUCAUCCCAUUGAUCAGCUUCUUUUUGAUCGUGUCUUAUGUGAUGUCCCGUGUAGUGGUGAUGGUACGCUGCGCAAGGCUCCAGACAUAUGGCGAAGAUGGAAUUCUGGAUCUGGCAAUGGACUUCAUAGUCUACAGGUUGUGCUUGCCAUGAGAGGUUUAUCUCUGCUAAAAGUUGGUGGGAGAAUGAUAUACUCCACCUGCUCAAUGAACCCAAUUGAAGAUGAAGCCGUUGUUGCUGAAAUUCUGAGGAGAUGUGGAUGCUCUGUUGAGCUUGUAGAUGUCUCAGAUAAGCUUCCUGAACUUAUUAGAAGACCAGGUCUUACGAAAUGGAAGGUGCAUGAUAGAGGUGGCUGGUAUAGAUCUUACAAAGAUGUUCCAAAGUCACAGAGAGACGGAGUUCUUAGGAGCAUGUUUCCUUCUGGUAAAAGUGAUAAAGACUCAACGGGUGGCGGAAACAGCUAUGAAGAAAUGGCUUAUAUCUCUUCUGAUGAAUCAGCCGUGGAAGUCUGUGAUCUUCCCCUUGAACGUUGUAUGAGGAUACUGCCUCAUGAUCAAAACACUGGGGGAUUUUUCAUUGCAGUCCUUCACAAAGUUUCACCUUUACCAGAAUUUCAGGAGAAAAUAAAUCAUAGAAGGAAUUCGUAUAAUAGAAACAACAUCAACUCAUCUGAGAAGUCUUUGUAUGAAGCAGUAUCUGACACUGUGGUUACUAAACCUGAAGAGGGUGCAGAGGAAAUAGUUUUAGAAGCAACGGUUUCAGAGAAUGGCUUUAAGCCGCCUAAGAAGGAAAGCACCUGCGAUGAAGGUUUCGUAGAAUUGGCUCAAAAACUUGAUGAUAGGGGAGGCAAGAGAGAAGUACCGUCAAUGCAAGGGAAGUGGAAAGGCCUUUACCCUGUUGUUUUCUUGAGAGAUGAAACAGUGAUCGACGGGAUCAAGACAUUCUAUGGCAUCAAAGAUGAAUCGUUUCCGCUGUAUGGUCAUCUUGUGACUAGAAACAGCGACAUAAGCAGCCACGGAAACGUGAAAAGGAUUUACUAUGUUUCAAAAGCAGUUAAAGAUGUUCUUGAGCUUAAUUUUGCAGUUGGGAAGCCGCUUAAGAUCUCCUCUGUUGGUCUCAAGAUGUUUGAGAAACAAUCGGCAAAAGAAUGUGAAGCCAACUCUUGCUCAUUCCGAAUAACGUCAGAGGGAUUGCCUGUGAUCCUUCCGUACAUGACCAAGCAAAUACUUUAUGCAACAAUGGCGGAUUUCAAGAAUCUCCUGCAACACAAAUCAAUCAAGUUCCUAGAUUUCAUCCAUCCACAGAUUGGUGAGAAAGCAGCAAAGCUAGCCUUGGGAUCUUGUGUUAUGGUUCUCGUCGAUGAUGAUACUCAGCUCGGGUCAGAACCAGUCAAACUGAAAACAUCAACAAUAGCCAUUGGAUGCUGGAAGGGGAAGGCUAGCUUAACCGUUAUGGUCACAACAGUGGAUUGUCACCAACUUAUCGAGAGACUUUCUGAUAGAAGUAAAGAAGUAGAAAUAGCUGAGAACUGUUUGAAGACUGCUGAGACGGCUUGAAUAACUCUCAAAGACUGUUGUUUCAUAUUUCAAUCAAAAGCUAUUGUUCCA